AUGUCGCUGUCUGUUGCAAAUCGCCAACGCGCUCAGACGAAUUCGAAGCGCGUGCAACUGCCAGUGCGUAAGCAGCACUCCUUCAUCGAGCCGUCCACUCUUGGCGGGAAGUAUUCGGCUCAGCAGCGGGGCUAUUUAUCGCGUGGUCUGUCCAUUGGGCGAUCUAUCGAGAAUAUACGCCAGAAACUGUACCCGCCUCUUGACCGACAACCGAAGCUAUCGGGAGUCGGCGGCGUCGGUCACUUGAGUCGUCAGUCAUCCGUAGACGCUGCACAAAAGUUUAGUGCCCGGAUUGUCAACUCGAAACCCACAGUGGCCGGCAAAGGGAAAAGCGCAGAGGUCUGGUCGUCAAAGUCUUCGCUGUUGAAGACGCUCGAUGACGAGAUAAAGGACUUCGAUGGGAAAAGCCACAGCGGCAACUCCAGCCGACGCGACUCCACGGACAGCACGGCCAAGGCGGACAAAAAUCGGAUCAAUCUGAAUAUUGUACUGGCGCAGACAAUACGGGCGACCACUGAGAUAGAGGCUGGCCACAGCGACAUCGAGAGUUCGACGGAAUGCAGCAGUGAGACGCAGGCGAGCGACCAAGUCCAAGUCCAAGUCCAAUCCAGCACAACGUCCAACAACAGUGCCACUUUGACAGUCUCGUCUGCUCUAUCGGUACAGCGACGUCCGCCAUUGGUGCGUGCUAUGUCUGCACCAGUACGGGGUCUGGAUGAGAACUCCAAGAGCGUCAUUGCAGCCAACAAGCGUCAGCAGAAGUUGCGACGUCGCAAGAUAUUUACGCGAUCCACAGCGUCCUCGCUGCCGCCCGAACAUGCCAGUGGCGGUACCCUAUUGUUAAGCGCUAGCUCGACUGGGGGCGGCAUCUCGAACUCCAAUUCCAAGAAGGUGUUGCAACGUGCACGUACUGUGGUGGCGCCCGAUGUAAUUACCUUGGUUUCACUGCUUAGCUCGGAGGGUAGCGAUUCGGAACACGAGGACAACUCCACGGCUUCCACGCCCCCGGGAGGUGCUGCCGAUCAGCACCAGCAGCAAUCCCAAUCCCAGGGGCAGCGCAGUCCAUUACGUCGGGCGCCGCUUUUGCGCAAAACGGGAAAAUCGGUUUCUUUUCAAGACAGCUAUCCGCCCACAUUUCAAUUGGCCUCCAAAGAGUAUUCUCACAUGAUACGGCGCGGAUCCAUAGCCCCGCUUGCAGCACGCAUACGUUCCAAUCGGCCGCCAACCGCUCCGCCGGUGUCCAUCUUUCUUACUGAGCCGCGCAGCAAGUGCGAGACGAUGGCAGCGGCUCCAACUGCAGCUGAGGACCCCAAAGGCUCCACAGCCUCCGGUGCUGCCUCAGACGAGUUCAAGACACGCAGCUCCGAGAAGGAGAACGAGAACAAUGCGGCCAAUUGGCCCGUCUAUGUGCGCAGCAUCAAGGAGCGCGAGUGCUGGAAGCUGUUCCAGAAAAUGUGCGCCAAGGGGGUCAGCGUGACGUACGACACCGUUUUGCGGGGCAUGCUAACACCCACAGAGUUUCGGCAUUUCCAGAAGCAGCGGGAAUACGAGGAGGCGAAGGCUCAUGAGGCCGCCGAGGCAGCUGCCGCCGCUGCAGUCGCCGAGUCGCAUGAAAAGGAGCGCAAGGGUCCUACUACGGCCGUGGAGCGCCUUUCCGAGUCGCUGUUGAACAGCAAGUGA